UCCUGUGGUUGUUCAGUGACAUCCGAAUGAGUUGGUGGUCAUCCCGGUCAGUGGAGAGUCGUUUUCACCCACUGCUGGUCUGUAGCUUUGUUGUCCCCAAUGUCUGCAGCUUGACCUUUUUCUUAAGAACCGCUGUCUUUGAAAUUUCAAGCAACCUGACGCUCACUCUAUCCCUCUGCCAGUAAAGGAAAAGAGAUGCGUCAUAUUUUAUACAGCCCCUCACAAAAGCCCAAUGAUUUCCAAACUGUGUAGCGGGGAUGUGUACAUGUGCCGAAGGUGGUUGUCCAAAGCUAACCGUCACCUUCAGCAAGGAUAUGAAACACAACACGCGGAGUAGCUAUGCAUGUUACAGUCCUGCUGUUGACUAUGGAGUGUUGGAUUCUGAUGCCACACGUCAGAUGAUACUGCGCUUAUCUUGUGAUGAAAUGGAGCUGAAAAAUGAAGCUCACUAUCUGAUCAUGGGGCAGGAAGAUGCAAUAUCAGUGCUCAAUAACGACGGACAACAUUUCGGGUAUGUGCUGAACAAUGACAUGUGGAUCGAGAAGAUACCAGAAGAAAAGAAAUGCAAGGCAACCAUAAGUCGCUCUGCCUGCCAUCUUCUUAAUGAAUUUCUAAAGCAACACCCCAUUAACACCCCAUUGUGACAUUUAGAAGACAAGAUGGAAAAUAACCACUUCCAACAUCGUUAUUUGGCUCGGUAAAUCAUGUGCUUUUAUUUCUAGUGCAUACGGACAUAUAAAGAGACUGUUACAGUUGUUUGGUACAUUGGAAACUAGAGUCUGAAGCAUUUCAAUUCAGUUUUUCAUGUGUAUUGGCAAUAUGGUAGAUUCAAGUUACCCUUUAUUCUGUUACAUAGUCAAAUGGGAAGAAUUCUAUAACAAAAAUCUCUGACAUGAUGACCUUUAACUUUUCAGUGUCACACAACCUUCAUUUUUAGGGGUACUUUUAGAGAUGCUACAUCAAGAGUGCAUUAUUGCAGUUUAAAUACUAUGUUUCAAAUGCUUCACAUGUCCCAUUGUUGUUAUACACUGUACAGUUCUACUACAGAAUACUGUAUUUAGUGGCUUAAACAACACUGGCUUUCGCUCGCACAUGUUUGUAAAACCAGAAUCAUGACUCUAUAUAAAGUACAAAUGCUCUCCUGAUUCAGAAUUCAU